AGCUGCUGUCCGGUUCCCUGUCGCCCUACAGCCCGUCGCAGUUUUUAUUCUCCCAAAAUGCCGUCGGUCGACGCGUACGACGCGAGCACAACCAGCGUCGAAUUUGCAUGGCCCAAAGGCGUCACACCAGUGGAAAGGAUCAUGCUCAGCGCGCACGGUGACUUACAACGGAUCCUAAGCGCCUUCUUCGCUCGUCCCGUGGUCAUUACUCCUAUCUUCGUCAGAACAUCACCGACCCUGGACUCUGAGGCGCUGUCUCCAUCACCGGAGUCCCCGACCACUCAAAAACGCCAGGUUCAUCUCGUGUGUGCGGGCCGAACAGUUUGCAUUGCUACGAGCUUCGUGACUAUUACAUCCGCGCGCUGUGCAGAGCUAUUCUUAAAAGAUGGCUAUGCUAUUGGACAGAUUUUCCGAAAAAUGGGUGUACAACCAGAGUUCGAGCUGGUUGAAGCUGGGGUGGAGGGCAGAGUCGAGGAGACCACCGUCUUGGAUGAGAAACCGAAGCUAGUUGUCGAGAACGAGAAGCGCAGGAUGUGGCGACGGUAUACACUGAAGGUCGAGGGCUUUUUAGCGGAUAUUGUCGAAGUCUUCCCUGAUCGCGAAAUGUUCACGCGAGGAGAAGAAUGGCUCGCUGAAUCGAAACUCCUGAGUGUUCCAGAGGACGAUUAUUUCUCAGAGACAACUCCCAGCCUGUCACCCACCGAAACGCUAGUACAGCUCGACGAGGCCUACGAGUCGAGUGUGCCACCCCCCUACACUGAGCCUCCGAAAGAAUCUUGGUCAGAUUCUUCGGGUGGUCUAUUACGUUUUAUGGCCGUCUUCAUCGCGGUACUACUUCUUCUGAACGUACCAAAAGAGGGUGAUCCCGUUGGUUCUCAUGUUGGAAGCACGUUAUUCAAUCGAAUUGCGCGUCUGCUUGAUGUAGGUAUGACCGAUGACAGAUGAGAUGAUAUUCUUUGGUACAUUCUUUUACUCUUUUAUUAUUGCAUUUUCCGAUUUUCUCCUCCUUUCAUGACUUAAUGAUGCUUACAGUUUUGAUUCCGCUCUGUGUACAUUAAUUAUUUUCUGUAUAUUGGAUAGAGAACUCUGAUCAUUGAUGCUGAUG